AUGCGUGCAGCCACCAUCAAGGAUUUUAAGAAAGGCUACGAGAUCAAGGAUAUCGACGUCCCCACCGACCUUGGGCCUAAUGAUAUCCUGGUAAAGAUCGCUGCCGCCGGCUAUUGUCAUACCGAUUUGCAGGUGAUGGAGGGUGUCUACGAGUCGCAAGGUGCCAAGCCGGGCCUGGUCGGUUCACAUGAGCCCGUCGGGACGGUAGUCAAGGCCGGCUCCGACGCCGGCAAGUCGGGCAUCAAGGUCGGCGACCGCGUCGGCUCAAUCAACACGUACGGCUUCUGCGGCAAGUGCGACUCUUGCAAGCAGGGAAAGCAACUUUGCGACAACAUGCCCGGUAUGCUCGGUCUCACGCUCAACGGCGGCUUCUCGCAGUACAUGAAGGCCGACGCUCGUGUCGUGUCCAAGGUUCCUGAGAGUAUUCCUUUCGACCAGGCCGCGCCGCUCUUCUGUGCUGGUGCCACCGUCUACGGAGCUCUGCUUGCCGUCAAACCGGAAAAGGGACAGUGGCUUGCAAUGGUGGGAAUCGGCGGUCUUGGCCACCUCGGUGUCCAGUAUGCAAAGGCCAUGGGCUGCAAAGUCAUCGCCAUCGACAACCGCAAGGAGGGGUUGGAGCUCGCCAACAAGUCGCCCGACCACCUCAAGCCGGACAAAACCUUCCUCAUCGAUUCCGAGGAGGCGCAGAAGAAGUGCAUCGAUGAGCUCUCUAGCAGCCUGUACGAGACAAAUCCUGGCGUUGACCGCGUCGUCAUCAACUGCGAGGACCGCAGCCUCAUCAAGUUCAGCCAGCAAUUCCUGCGCAAAGGUGGUCAGCUGGUCGAUGUGGGUCUCCCCGCCGACGGACCUUUCGAGCUCGACUCGUUCGCCAUGAACUUCAAGGAACAGACCAUUCGCGGUCGCUUGAUCUGCACGCCUGAACAGUGUCAGGAUAUGAUCAACUUGCAUGCCGACAACGGCUGCACAACCUUCAUCGAGAAGACGUACAGCGUCGACCAGGCGAACGACAUGGCUGAGCACUACACUUCAAAGAAGCUUCAGGGUCGUCUCUGCAUGGUCUUCUAA